AUGGGAAGAAACGCGAACAGCGCACAUUGUGCCCCCGAAGAACGUGGAAUGGAUGACACGGAGCCCCAGUCACUCGAACAGAUUGUGGACGGGCUAGGCAGAGCGUAUGAUGAGAAUGAUGUAAGUUACGACGAGGAUCAGCAGCUCCAUGACGAGCGCAGUCGGGAGGAGCUCGAGUAUGAGGGCAUGGGAAGCUUUCUUGAUGAGAUCCUUGCAUCUGGUAUGUUUCCACUGGAUACAGCACCGCGAGCAACCGAUGCCGAUAAACUGCAAUUUGCCAUUGAUACAAUCAGAGGUGGACACACAAAUGCGCAAGAACAGCCGCCCAAUCAGCCGACUGGGAGCGCGCAGGAUUCGCACCUUCAGCCAUACAUUCACAUUUCAAGAGGCAAUGAGUUUGCAGAUAUCAAUGACUCUGGUAUCUUGCAAAAGCAUUUCCAACACUAUUCCCCUUCGGCUUCGGUGGGCCACGGUGUAAGAAAGAGAUGGAAUCGGACCUGUGGAAGAACAGUCUCCAGCUCACAGGGCAUAUCCGUGAUAGAGACAGUAUUGGAGAGGGUGGAGAGGAUGCGAUUUCGCCAACACGUAAUCUCGGACUUCACGCAUGGAUGA